AAGAUAAAGCUUAGAUUAUGUAAAAAGUUUGAGAGAGAGAAAAAAAAAGCAUGCAUAUUUUAUCGCUCACACAAAAGUCACGUGAUCUAAAACUAUCGUCUGCAACAAGUUAAAGAAAAAAAAUAUAAGCACGCAACUCAAAAAUCACUGGCAUCAACAAGUGUUUAUUGGAAAAUAUUACCCAAAUAUCUGCGGUGGGCUCCAUCAAAAUUCGGAGAGAAAAUGUUUGGAAUAAUUUCCUUGAUUUUAAUGGAUAUCUUCAUAUUCACCUUGGGAGAAGAGAGCGCUUAUCGUUGUGCCGUGACGAUAUGUAACCGUGGUAAAGAAGACUUGUCGCCUCUCCAUUGUCAGAGCGGAUCUAUGCUGAUCACCGAGGUCAAUAGUGCAGAUACAGGGGAGCCGAAUGCCCUUGCCUUUCAGAACAUGCGGCGCAUGUGUAUGGGAAAACCGGAUUGUCCAACUGAAAAGUUCUGUGAACAGAAUGGAGUCAGUUUACACGUGGUUUACCAUUGUAUAGAAGAUACCACUAUAACCUGCGAAGAGAGUCAGGAAAUAAUCAACACAACACAAGGGGUGGUCAAAAACCUGGCCUACCCCUCCACCGACAAAUCCACGUGUUCUGUGAGGGUAAAAGUCCCCGAAGACUCGUACAUUAACGUCAUCAUUCACGACAUGGAGCGACUGGCUUCCGGGCCGGACUGUGACGGAGGAUUAUCUCUGCGCACGACCCGGAAGUGUAAUUUUGACGAAACUUUUCCGCGUAAAACGCUGUGCACCUUUAGCGGAAAUGUUACGGUGAUUCAGGCCUGUGGUGACGUAGACAUAAGUAUGACGUCAAGCAAGGAGGGCUUCCGGUUCUACAUCUCAUUCAUAGUAACUCCAAAAGGUGAAAUACCACGUGACAACUACCUGGACCCGAUAUCCAAUCAGUGUCCUCCAGGCGCUUCUAUCGACAAAAACGUCGACAGUUUUCCCAUCGACUCGUACCCCGACUCGGCACACGGCAACGAUCAGAGAAAGAACGAAACCAAAACUCUGGUCACCAUCCUGAAUGGAGAUUCCGUGUCAUCCGUGGACUAUACCGAGAGGGCUGUGUUUUACGUGGCGUUGAUUGUGGCUGCCCUGAGUUUAACUGGACUGAUUGUAGUCACCGCCAUCUGUAUCAGAAGACAACACCAGCUGAAGUACGGUGGUAGCAUCGACAUCGCUUCAUUAAUCAGCGGACGUUCUGCUUCUCUGGAUGUAGGAGCACUCCGAUCACUUCCUCUGAUGUCAUCAUCUACGUCAUCAGGACAACAAAGUAACCCUGGAAACAGUCACGCUCGACUUGAGGAAGGUUACAGUGUCGUGGCUGAUGAGAUUCCGUACACAGAGCCCACGGACGAAUUGAGGUCCCCGGCUUAUGCAGAGGUAGAAGAUAACAUCAUAUCCGGGAACGCGACGGUUUCAUCUGAGAGGGGCUCCGAAAGAUUUCCGUUUGGUUUACCAGGAACAAACCUCUUAACUACAGAAAGGAAGUCGGUAGAGAAUGUUUAUUCGGACUUAUCGGACAAGAACGUGUACCAUGAAAUUUCAGACGAUUUGAUAAGAGCAGAAAAUGUAUAUGUUCCAAGUCAAAUUCCUCCUAUGACCUUGUCCAUAUUUACUGGAAAAAGAAAUGUAAAUAAAAGCAAGAACAAGAGUUUACAGUCGAUAGGGAAGCGAGAUUCAGAGGAGACAUACAUUUUGUGUCAAACACCAGAGAAAGACAGAUCACCCUCUCCUGAUUCUAGAAAAUACGAUUCAGAUGGAAGUCUGAUCUCUUUAGAAAAUGACACAUAUGAUAUUUAUCAAUCUGUAGAUGUGUAAUGAGAGAGA